AUGGUGGAGGUAGUAGACGGCGUGGAUUCGGUCGUUCACAUGGCUGGCGAUCCUGAAGUCGGUGCAACGUUUCAAUCGGUCUAUGAGAACAAUAUCCUAGGCACCUACUGCAUCUACGAAGCAGCCCGGCGAACCGGUGUGCCCCAAGUUAUCUUUGCCAGCACCAAUCAUGUGACCGGAAUGUAUGAACAGGAAGGUGUCUACACAACGCCCGAAAUGCCAGUGCGACCCGAUAGCCACUACGGUGCCAGCAAAGCCUACGGCGAAGCACUCGGCAGAUACUAUGUUGAUGAAUUCGGGCUGUCGGUGCACUGCUUGCGAAUCGGCACUUUUCAACCGGUGGAGUCGGUGCAGAACCGGACAAGCGAUCGAAUCCUGUCCACUUGGUUGAGCCACCGAGAUAUGGUACAGAUGACCAAACGGAGUAUUGAGGCAGCAUCGGUGAAGUUCGGCAUCUACUACGGCAUCUCGAAUAAUACACGCGCCUACUGGGACACUGAGAAUGCGCGGAAAGAGAUAGGCUACGCACCCGAAGACAACGCCGAAGAUUACGCUUGA